AGAGUACCGCACCCGCUCUUUCCAUUGGUUGUGGAUACUGCAGCAUCUCCAUCUAUUGGCCGCAGGUGCCGCUGGCACGCUAUCCAUUGGUUGCAGGUGCCGCACCCGCUCCGUCCAUUGGCUGCAGGUACCGCACCCGUUUCAUCCAUUAGCUGCCGGUGCUGCUCGUGCUCUGGUCGGAGGUGGCCGGUAGACCCUGUCAUGCGCACUUAGUAGGCGGCGCUAAACCCCCUUCAUUUCCAUGGCGACCGAGGAGGUGGCAGCGGCUCGCCGGAAGGCGCUGUCUCUGCUCCGGGCAGCCCGCUCCCGCUACGAGAGCCUGCAGAUCUCGGACGAUGUGUUUGGUGAAUCCGGCGGCGGCAGCAGCAGCGACGAUAACCCGUUCUACAGCACCUCGGCGGGCAGCUCGCAGUCUGACUGGGAGGAGGAGGAGGAGGAAGAGCCGGGGGCGGCUAGCGGGAGUGUGAGGCCGGCGGACACCGACCGUGAGCCGGGCGAGGAGGAAGAGGAGGAGGAGGAGGAGGCGGCGGCGGCGGGAUGGACAGAACGACUGAAGGACAUCGCCUUCCCUCCGUUCACUGACUCGACCGGUCCUGUACAUAAAAUGCCACUAAAUGCAAGUGCAAUUGACUUUUUUCAGCUUUUUGUCCCUGAUAAUGUUAUAAGGAAUAUGGUUGUUCAAACAAAUAUGUAUGCCAAAAAGUACCAAGAAAAAUUUGGCUUUGAUGAAGGUUGGAGUGCCGUUAGUCUUCCAGAGAUGAAAACCUUCUUGGGAUAUAUGAUUUCCACCAGCAUUCACCACUGCGAAUCUGUCCUCAGUAUAUGGAGCAGUGGGUUUUAUAGCAACAAAAGUAUUGCUUUGAUGAUGACACAAGCCAGAUUUGAAAAGAUCCUGAAAUACUUCCAUAUUGUAGCAUUUCGAUCCAGUCAGACGGCACAUGGUCUAUAUAAGAUUCAACCCUUUUUGGAUUGCCUGCAGAUGACAUUUGAUGCAGCGUUCAAGCCUUCUCAAACCCAGGUACUUCAUGAACCACUAAUAGAUGAAGAUCCACUCUUCAUUGCCACAUGUACAGACAGAGAACUGCGUAAAAGGAAAAAGCGGAAGUUUAGUCUCUGGGUCCGUCAGUGUGCAUCAACAGGCUACAUCUGUCAGAUUUACAUUCAUUUGAAGGAAGGAACAACUGCAGACGAGCUAGAUACUUUGAAGAACAAGCCACAGCUACACAGUCUUGUGGCAAAAAGCCUUUGUCAGAAUUUGAUGGGAAAGAACUACAUCAUAUAUACUGGCCCCAGCAUAACCAGUUUAAAUCUUUUUGAAGAAUUUGAGAAAAAAGGGAUUUAUUGCUGUGGACUUCUGAGCACCAAGAAGAGUGACUGCACGGGAUUGCCACAGUCCAUGUUGGUUAACCCUGAGCCGCCUCGUGUCAGAGGCCAUUACAGAGUACGAAUGAAAAGAAACAUGUCAUUAAUCAGCUGGGCCAACAAAGGACAGUUCUACUUCCUCACAAAUGCAUACUCUCCAUUCAAAGAAGGUGUCAUAAUCAGAAGGAAGAGUGGAGAGAUUCGUUGUCCAUUAGCAGUUGAGGCUUUUGCUGCUCACCUUGGUUAUAUUUGCAAGUACGACGAUAAGUAUAGCAAAUACUUUAUAUCACAUAAACCUAACAAGACCUGGCAGCAAGUCUUUUGGUUUGUCCUCAGUAUUGCUGUCAAUAAUGCAUACAUCUUGUACAAGAUGUCUGAGGCAUAUCUGGUCAGACGGUACACCCGGUUGCAGUUUGGUGAAAGACUGGUCAAAGAGCUCUUUGGAAUUGAAGAGCAUCUUCCUUCAAAGUGAUUCCUGCUGGCAGUCGUUGUACUGACAUCAAAUUGUUGCACUGCAUCCACAGGGCUAAACCACAUCUCACAACCUUGUCCCAAACAUUAUUUUUUAAAAUGUUUUGUCAUUAUGAAGCUUUUACAUAAAAAUCUGCAAACUCCCAGCUCUGCCACAGAAACUCCAGCCAAAACGAAGACCAUUUGUAAGGAAGCUGGAAACAGAUACUCCAUUUAUAAAAACUGAAGCAAUGAAUACAACUUGUUUGGAUUUCUGCUGCAGAAAGAAUGGUGGGAAACCAGACUUGCAAAGGGGAAUCUACUUGCAAUGACAACAUAAGGUUGAUAAAUUGUGGUCUGAUUGUGGCAUUUAUAAAAAUGUACCUGGGGGUGUGAAAUAUGCACUUUUAUAUGCACGUGUGGGAAAUCAUAAAACCAUCAAGGAAUCAUUUUGUUUUCAAAAAAACAUUAUCUUUGUUACUUUCUUAAUGAUUUGCGCCUUCAGAGUAUUGUUCAAUAAUGUCAUCUAAUGAUUCCUCCAUACAUUGUGCAAUCAACAGCCCUGUUUAGAUAUUUAUAAUGAAAGAUUUAAUAUGCAUACUGAAUGUUUACAUUGGACUAGUUAUUAAAUCAUGUUCAGAGUUCACAAUUUCUGCUAUGUACUGCAUUUAGAACCUAGUGCACCAGGCCCAGGCAUAAAUUACAUUCUUUAUUCACUGACUAUACUUUGUCACUGCAGAUUCGUUGUUGCUUGGAAUGCUAAACAUUUAUGUGGAGGUAGAGUUUAAAACUGAUGGAUGACAAUUUCCCCACAGUGAGUUCUUAAAGUUCAGUUGGGGUUGUUAGAUGCAGUAGAACUAUAAUAGUGACAAUGGUAUGUGUGACUACAGUGGUUGAAUUAACUGGUGGCAUUUCGUAUUUCCUAGAAGUAGGCCUGCCAUUUAUUAUUCAAGAUGGAGGAACCACUGGCAAAAGAGAAAUCUUAAGUCCUUAAGUGAACUGUGCUAAAUAGGGGAUUAUUGUCCAGUUAUUAAAUCUCUAUCUUGGUGUGGAGACAGCAUGCAGAGUUAAUCUGUUGCUUUCAUGUGGGAUUCACUUUCUGUUAGUUGAUUUGUACUCAAGCAAUGUAUGUGUCUCAAAAGUGCCCUGUAUAUUACAGAUCUGUUGUACUUAAAAUAUAAAAGAUGUAUGUUAAAAUUUACAAUAAAGGAAAAUUGUG